GAAGUCUCGACACAAUAAUAAUACAUUGUUGGGCUCUCAAGACUCGAGUGUAUAGCGGUCCGAGGUUCAGUUGCGCCCGAUACGUCGUCAAUCUUUGACGUCUUUGCGAAUCGUCUGUCAAAAAAUUGUCUGCUGUUUUGUUCGUGAUCUCCGCCCCGUCACGUUCGCGGACGACCUAAUCUCUGAUUUUCUCGUCUCACAACAAACAGUCGCGGUAUCCCGUUCAAGUCUUCAGACGCGACGACAUGGCUAAUUACGUUACCACAAAAUGUACUCCUACCGUAUUUGCAUCAUCAAAUUUUGAUGCAAAAGAAGAUGCCAUUGCUCUGAAAAAAGCUAUGAAAGGCUUUGGAUGUGACCAAAAAGUUAUAAUUGAUGUGAUUGCUAAUCGAGGUGUUGUGCAGCGCAUUGAAAUUGCGGAAGCCUUUAAGACAUUGUAUGGAAAGGAUUUGAAAAAAGAAUUAAAAAACGAACUAAGUGGACACUUUGAGGACACCGUGUUGGCAUUGAUGACGCCACUUCCGGAAUUUUACGCAAAGGAGUUACAUGACGCUAUCUCUGGAAUAGGCACCCACGAAGAAGUGCUUGUUGAGAUAUUAUGCACCUUAAGCAAUUUUGGUAUACGAACAGUCACUGAAUGUUACGAAAAACUUUAUGGACACAGUCUUGAAAAGGAUAUUAAAGGCGACACAUCAGGCCAUUUCAAACGUCUUUGCGUAUCCUUAAGUAUGGGAAACCGAGAUGAAACGCCUACAGUUGAUGAGAACGCAGCGCGUUUAGACGCUGAGGCUUUGUACAAUGCAGGUGAAAAAAUAAAAUGGGGCACGGAUGAAUCGGAAUUCAACAGGAUUUUGGUUACCAAAAGUUACCAACAUUUGAGACGUGUAUUUAUAGAGUAUGAAAAAUUGGCUUCUAAGGAUUUAGAAGAAUCAAUCAAAAGCGAAUUUUCCGGAGAUAUUUGCAUGGGUCUAUUGUUUUUAGUGAAAUGUGUGAAAAGCAAAGUUAACUUUUUUGCUGAGCGUUUACAUAAAAGUAUGGUCGGCUUAGGAACAGAUGACAAAACUCUGAUAAGAAUCAUUGUGUCUAGAUCAGAAAUCGACCUCGGAGAUAUAAAACAAGUGUUUGAAAAGAAGUACGGUAAAACUUUGGAGUCGUGGGUAACCGGAGAUACCUCUGGAGACUACAGAAAAUUAUUGUUAAAAAUCAUUGCUUAAACGACGGUUUAAUCUUUUUAUUCACGGGUGAUUUUUCAUUUAUAUC